AUGAACCACGAUGAUGCCAUGUGGAACAUAAUGGGCCAGACGUUCUGCUCCUUCAAGGUGAAGACGAACGACGACAAGGUUCGCUUCUGCCGAAACCCGUACAACGUGACUGGUCUCUGCCAGCGUGGUGUGUGCCCGCUCUCCAACGCGCAGUACGCCACCGUCAUCGAGCACGAGGAUGAGCUAUACCUGUACGUCAAAACUGCUGAGCGGGCUCACCUGCCGCGGCGGCAGUGGGAGAAGGUGAAGCUCGAUGUCUCCUUCCCGAAAGCUCUGGCGCAGAUCGACGAGGAGCUGCAGUGGUGGGACCAGAAGCUGGUCAUCAAGAUCAAAGCCCGUUUGCUGCGACUGAAGCAGUACCUGAUGCGCAAGCGGAAAAUGCUGAUGGAGCCGCAGGACGAGUACGUGUCUGUGAACAAGCGUCAGGAGGACAAGCUGCGGCGACGAGAGGAGAAGGCAGAGGCGGCGGCCCGCAUUGAGAUGGAGAUUGAGAAGGAACUUCUCGAUCGUCUGCGCAAGGGUACCUACGAUAGCGUCAUCAACUACAACAAAGAGGCCUUCGAGAAGCUGCUCGACGAUGAGGAGAACCGCGAGGACUUUGAGGCGCUGGAGCAGGACGAAGACGAGGAGUUCCCCGACUUUGUGAUGGAUGAGGAGGACGAAGAGGAGGAGGAUGGGGAAACGGUGCGCGGUGGGCGCAACAAGAGCAAGAGUCGCAAGCGUGAUAAGCUUGUAAUCGAAGAGGAGGUGGAGCGGGAGCUGGCACCGCGCCAGCGGGCGCGCUUGGAGGACCUUGAGUGGUAG